GAAUGGGCGUAAUGUGUGUAACGUGUCUGUUUUCAUGAAUAUUCUAUAUAAACGCAAACGUAAUAUGUGGUGUAACAUGUUGUCUAUUCUUAUAUAUUUAUUUGAUUGUAAAUGUACAAUGCUGCUGGCUGCAUGAAAAAAUUUAAACUGUUCAUCCCAAAACACCAGUUCGCCAAUAAGCUCUUGGAUGGCUUUGUUUGAGCGACACAAAAUAAAAUUGGCUAAGUCUUUCUUCCCUUCUUUGCUUUGAGCAUCUGCAAGUACAAGUAGCUCGGUUUCACUUUUUAUUUGGGGUGAUUGGGACUUAAAAAAACUUCUGCGUUGGAAAAUGCAGCACAACCCAAUGGUUUUUCGUCAUCUUUUCUUUCACUUGUUUUCCACAGUUCUCAUGUGGCCCUUGGCAACAAGCCCAGUGCUCAACUAGGCACUUGCUCCCCGAAACUUUGCCUUGUUCGAAAUAUUCGGAGAUCUGCUUGGCUGUAUGUGACCAGGUACGUUCUUCGUAUCUGGUUUGCAGAUGCUAAAGUAUUGACCUGGAAAUCGUCUGUGUCACUCUCAGACUGGUCCAUGCCCUGUAAAUAAUACAAGUAACUUUGUAUAAGUGCUGUAAUUACAGUGAAGCUUUUGUUGACCAUCACAUUAUUGAUUAGAAACAUGUAGCCAUAUUAAUCAAUUUAGCAAAAUCUUACCUCUUAAGAGGCUGUCUCCGUAAAAACCUCCAGGUCAAUAUGGGGCUCAAAAAUAGAUUUCUCUCAUAUUCUAGUACUCAUAUGCUGGCAUUUCAAAGGAUUUUUGUGCGUAUGAAAAUGAUUUCAUUAAUUUUCAUACGCUUCUCAUACGUUUCUCUCAUACGCAAUAGUGGGACAGGGCCUUAAGGUUGCGUGAUCACAAAUUGCGGCUGUAGUAGAAGUAGAACACCAUUAUUGUAAACACAAAAACCUCAUGCAAUACUGUCUAAGACUACUAUUUAAUUCAAUACAAAGAAAGGGAAAUCAGAGAGCAACAAAACAUUUCAUCGUCAUUUGAUUGACAUGUUUACGCUCAGCGAGUACAUUUCUUUCAGUUAGGAGUUUUCCCCGAGAUUAAUUCGUACAUUCUAUAAAACGAAACUUUAUAUAACAGUUUAAGGUAAACAAACCAAUGAAAAUUAUGUCUGUAGUAUGACUAAUUCUGAAUUUUCUAAUUUCUUUGAGACAUUUUAUUUACAGGAGGUAAACAAAGCGAACAGAGCGAAGUUCGUAUGUCACAAUCAGGACUCAUGGCAUUGAGGUGCGCAGAAUUCGAACACACUGGACACACUGGCAUUGAAUGACUAUCCUUGAAGCCAAACUGUACAGUCAAACAAUUUCAUUCGAGUGCAAAACCAAAGAAUAAUGAUGAAAGACAUAUAUUUACAUAAUCAAGCUUCAUUCAGUGUAGUGUAAGGUGGUUUUAUUUGUUAAUAUCAAGAAUUAUGUUUACCGAAAAAGUAUGCUCGAUUUCAACACAUUUUCAAAUUUUACAAAGUUUGCGCGCUUGUCAUUAUUGUUAAAUGGUAGAUCAGAAAGAUAUUAUUGGCGAUUUGUGUCGACUAAUGUUAGUAGUUUAUAGAAAAGUUAAAGUUAUGUGCCAAUAUUAGACGAUAUCCUUUAUCCGGUUCAGGAGGGUCAAUAACUGCGCUGUUUUCUAUUUUAUACCAAAGAAUAAUGAUCUAAGUCAUAUCACCCGCGAAAAUAGAAGGAUAAGUCUAUAUUUCUGAGCAAAAAUUUUGAAAUUUAGGUAUGAAUUUGAUUUAAAAAAUAGUGCUGAAAAUAUGUCAAUAUUUGGCCUUCAUUCGGAGUAUCAAGUUGGUUACCAGUCGAUCGCACAUCAAUCGCCCCCAAAAAGAAUUUAAAGGAAAUUUGAGUAAAAUGACAUCGAUUUUAGUUGUUCCCAAGGAUAGAUCUUCAAAAUACUAGAGUAUGAGAGAAAUCUAUUUUUGAACCCCAUACUGACCUGGAGGUUUUUACGGAGACAGCCUCUUAAGUCUAAAACAAUUUUCAAUUUUCGCAUGACAACUAGACCAUGGCGUACCCGAAAUGCCAAGUGAGAAUACUGAUGAGUUGGUUACUGAAAUGUGUAAGUUAAUUGCAGUCGACAUUCAACCUUCAGAUGUCUCAGUGAGUCAUUGUUUACCACCUAGAAAAGGUACUACACCUCCAAUAAUUGCUAAAUUUACCAGUCAAAACAUCAGAGAUGCUGUAUACCAUAAUAAAGGUCGUCUGAGAGGUCUCAACUCAUCAAAUUUUGUUGGUUUUUCGCAAUCAGUGAAUAAAUUAUAUAUUAACGAAAGCUUGACACCUAAAGCCAAGGAGCUGUUUUAUAAAGUGAGGGAAUUCCGGAGAAAAUAUAAUUUCAAGUAUGCUUGGACCAAAUAUGGCAAGUCCUUAUGUGAAGAAAACUGAUACUGAUGCUGCUGUAUCAUUCAAAUCAAUGAAGAAGUUUGAGUUGUUCAGUGCAAAUUUUACACCCUAGCUCUUUAUCAAGCUAAGUAAUUCUAAAUAAUUUAAUGUAUAUUAAUUUUAUUUAUCAUGCAGUCUUCAAUGCCAAUGAAUGCUUUGCUUUUUCAUGGUCUUGACGACUCCGAAUUUUUCUUAGAAAUGUUUCAGUUAAAAAACGGCCCUAUUAAUUUCAGUCAUGAGAGAUUGAUCAGUUUAAAUUAUAAUCCAUUGAUUUCGGGUGCAGGCCAUCGCCCCUUUCUGUCUAAUGAUCGAUCUGGGCCCAGAUUCACAUUUUUAUGAUAAUUUCAUUAACCACUGCGAUUAUUUUGUUGAAGAUCAGUUUAACAAAAUGUUAAAUUCACAGAUUUCCUGUGCUCCCAGUUUUUCAUUAUUUCAUCUAAACAUCCCCAGUCUUGAAAGUAAUUUAUCAAAUUUAACAAAUUUAUUAAGUACUCUGAAUAUUGAAUUUUCAGUAAUUGGGAUAACUGAAACUUGGCUAAAAAACUCAGAACACUCUGUUGAUAUUGAGGGAUAUAAUUUUUUUCAUAAACACAGGGUUAAUAAAAUUGGUGGAGGUGUUGGUUUGUACUUGUCAGAUUGCUUUACCUCUAAAAUACGCACUGAUUUAAUUUUUGAUGAUGAUGAUGAUGAUGUUGCGGAAUCCUUAUUUAUUGAAGUUUGCAUACCACAUGGUAAAAAUAUCAUUAUUGGAAUAAUUUAUCGACCACCAAAUCAAAAUGCUAAUUCUUUUCUAAGCAAGUAUAAUGAUAUAAUAGGAAAAAUUUCUAAUGAAAAUAAAACCUGUUGUAUAAUGGGGGAUUUUAACCUAAAUUUAUUGAACUAUGACAGUCAUUCCUUGACUUGUGAAUUUUUAGAUGGAAUGUAUUCAAAUAUGUUUAUUCCACUUAUAACUUGUCCAGCAAGAAUAACAGCUCAUACUUCAACAUUAAUCGAUAACAUAUUUACGAACAACUUUUUUUCCAUAUCUACAAGUGGCCUGUUAAUUACAGAUAUUUCUGAUCACUUGCAUGUGUUUUCAAUUAGCUGUGAAGGCAUGAAUUAUUGUGAUAAUACUAAUGAAAAAAUUACUUUCAGGGAUAAAAACAAAACUAAUAUAAAUAAAUUCAUUGAGCAAUCGGGUAGUAUUAACUGGUCCCAACUUAAAUACUAUGAUGACCCUUACAAUUCUUACAAUACCUUUUUAGCUAAUUAAGUAUACAGAAAUUUAUAACAACUGUUUUCCUUUAAGAAGAAUAAAGAUAAAACAUCAAGAUUGACAAGCCUUGGUUAUCAAAAGGUUUGCUAAGAUCCAUAAAAAGGAAAAAUAAACUAUAUAAACAAUAUAUAAGUGACCCAUGCAACUCUUGCUAAUGAGAUAUCUUAUAAAAGGUAUAAAAACAAAUUAACCCACUCUUUGAGAAUUGCUAAAUCAUUAUAUUACACAAAGAGAUUAGAAAAUGAGAAAUCAAAACAUUAAAUCUACUUGGAAGACACUUAAUGAAGUCAUAAAUAAGAAGCGGUCAAAAUUGAAAUUCCCAUCAUUUAAAGUAGAUAAUUUUGAAAUUUCUGAUCCUAUAGAAAUUGCUAAUAGAUUUUGUAACUAUUUCUCAAAUAUAGGUCCAAAUCUUGCUAAAAGAAUACAAUCUACUCCUAAUUCUCAUCUAAAUUCUCUUGUAGGCCAAUAUCCUAAUUCCAUAUUUUUUAACCCGGCAACAGAAAAUGAAAUCAUUGAGAUUUCUAAAAGUUUUCAAUCAAACAAAACAUAUGGAUAUGACAAAGUUCCCAUGUUAAUAAUAAAGCAAACUAUAAACAUAAUUGCUAAACCUCUAACUCAUAUUAUCAACUUAUCUAUUACUCAUGGUAUUGUGCCAAAUGAAAUGAAGAUUGCUCGUGUUAUUCCCCUGUUUAAAUCAGGUGAUAGAACACUAUUUACAAAUUAUAGACCAAUUUCUAUUCCUAGUUUCUCGAAAUUUCUGGAAAGAGUUAUAUAUAACCAGAUGUUAAAUUACCUAAAUAAAAAUAGUAUCUUGUCUGAAAACCAUAUGGUUUUAGAAAAAACCAUUCCACUUCUUUAACCCUGGUGGAUCUUUAUGAUAAAAUAUCACUAGCAAUUGAUCAAAAAGAGUUUGCAGUUGGUGUAUUUUUAGACUUAUCUAAAGCCUCUGACACUUUAGACCACAAUAUUCUUUUUGAUAAGCUUGACCAUUACGGAAUUUGUGGAUUGAUAGCUUUGGACUGGAUGAAGAGUUAUUUCUCAAAUAGAACACAAUUCGUUCAAUUUAAUGAUUACUGUUCCUGUCCUAAUAAAAUACAAUGUGGGGUCCCACAAGGUUCUAUCCUUGGUCUGCUGCUCUUUUUAAAUUAUAUCAAUGAUAUAAUCCAUGUGUCAAGUAUAUUGGAGCUUAUCUUAAUUGCGGAUGAUACAAACUUAUUUAUUUCGAAUAAAGACCCAAUACAAUUAACUAAUAUUUUGAAUAUUGAAAUUAGAAAAUUGUCAGACUGGUUUAAAUCAAAUAAGCUUUCAUUAAACUUAGAAAAAAACAAAAUUUAUUGUAUUUAAACCAAGAUAAAAGAAAAAUAAAUAUACUUUUCAAAUAAUCAUUAACAAUGAAUAUAUUGAGCAAGUGAAAGAAAAUGUCUUUUUAGGGGUAGUAUUGGAUGAGGAAUUAUCUUGGAAAUCACACAUUUCGUAUGUAGCACGUAAAAUGUCUAAAUCCAUAGGAAUAAGGUUUCGAGCCAGUUUUUAUCUACUUAAGAAAUCCUUACUCCCUUUGUACUAUUCAAUUGUUUACCCGUAUAUCCAAUAUUGUAAUAUUGUUUGGGCUUCAACGUAUCCAAAUAAUCUUCAUCGUAUCAAUAUACUGCAAAAGCGAGCAAUUAGAAUUCUAAAUAAAUGUAAAUUUGAUGCACAUACAGAACCUUUAUUUAAGAACUGUUCUAUCCUUAAAGUUAAUGAUAUUUUUCUAUUUCAACUGGGUAAAUUUAUGUACUCUUAUUGCAGUGGUCUUUUACCAAAUAAAUUUAAUGAGAUGUUUCUAUCAAAUUAUCAAGUCCACUCAUAUAAUUAUUAUUAUUAUCAUUGGGAUUAAAACCGGAAAAAAAUUUUGCCCAUAGAGAGGUCUGCUAAGACAAUCACAUGCAAAAAUUAUUGAGACAAGCAGUUUAAUGGUACCCUCCAUCCUAUAACAAGUGGUUCUUGCCCCCCUCCCCCUUUUGCAAUGUUGUUAAACAGUUUUGAGGCAAGGGUCAUCUAAUAAUAUGUUUUAAACUUUGUUAAUGGGGGGAGGGGGCAUACACAUGAAAAAGAUCACCAAAAUGUGAAGGGUGAACACCAAACGUGAUUGGCUGAUUUGUGGUCAUGUGUCUCAGAUAAAUGCAAUGUAUCCUGCCAGGCAACAGGUGAAAAAUUGUUGCCCUCCCUGACCAGCUAUGUACAUAAAUAAACAAAGUGGCAGCACAACUAGCAUAAUUAGAAACUACGAUUUUCCAAGUUUGUGUUAAAAUAAAGAAUGUAAAAGAGAAGAAAAAUACACAACAGGCAACAGGAAAUGCUGCUGAAACCAUUUAAGUAUGUUCUUUUAAUUUUAAACUUGUUUGCACUUAUAGAGUUUUUGUCAUGAAAUACAAUUGUUGUGUGAAUGUUGUUGAAUGUUGAUUUUCUCGACUUCGUCUCGGGAAACAUUGAGACUUUCAGGAAAACAAAACAAACUAUUUCCUGUGGGAGCAGACAUUAAGUGUAUAGGUGUUUACCUUAUUAAACAGAUGCAGUGUAUGACUCACCAUUCUCAUGAACCUGAAUUCUUUAUAAAUUUCCCACCUCCAUAAUAUCAAAAAGUGCUCUAACAAGAAGGGUAAACAUGGAGUCUACCAUAUGAUAGAUGGGUACACAUUUUCCUUCGCUUCCCUAAUUUUGCUGCCCACAAGAAAUCUGCCUAGUCAUAGAUAUCCGUUAUUGGAUAAAAGUGCCAGUUAGUUAAAGACAUCAGGAUAAUCUUUCAAAUACAGGUAAAAUAUUCUCAAAUAAUUGUCUAUUGGACAUACAUGUGUUGAUCAAUUUCACCUGUAUGUGGUCAUCUAACUUUGCAACACCACCCCAUUUUGGCACAGGCACAUGUUGACCAAGGUUUCCAUAAUAAUUACCCCAGAGGGAGCACCUUGCCUUAGGUUUGGUACUGGACUGGUGCGAUUGUGAUAUUAUUUUAAGUGGUUCUUCAGCAACUGGCUGGGUGAAUGGAACACCAUCUUUUAGUUCAUCACUUGCUUCAUAGCUUGCCUCCCAAUAAUUAUGAUCAUAUUCUAACUUGGGUUGAGAGGAUUCAUGAACCACAACACUUUUGUUUAUGGUUUUAAACAUAAAAUUGUCUGGUACAAAGAUGUUUCUUAGCAAUGUGGUUGUUCGGGCCAUCCAGUUUAGAUCAUUAAGUGACCAUUUUAACUUUUGUGGUUUUGAAACAGCCACGAAAGUAAAAUUCUUGAUCUCGAAAGAUAGACAAUAUCUCUUUUAGUAUUGUAUCAUGCAGUAACGUAACUGGUUAACCCAUUAACCACCAGUUGCAUUGCAGCUACUCUUCCACGUAUAGUUUAGUCUUUGAUGUAAUAGCAUCAGUCAUAUCAUUAAUAUAACUUAAAAAUAGAAUUGGCCUGACUAUCGUCCCUUGAGGAGUCCCAGAUAUAACAGGUGAGCACUCAGAACAGGUUCAGCUGAUUACAUGUUGAAGUAAAUGUGUUAGGCAAUCCACCGGGCUAACAGAACUCUAUCAAUGCCGUAGCCACCUAGGUUCAAAAGCAGUCUUCCAUGAGGAACACUGUCAAGUGCCUUGGCCAAAUCUAAAAAAAUCACAUCUGUCCAUAUUUUCCUGUUUCGCGAGUUGUCCCAAUCAUUGACAGAAUUUAACAGUUGAGUAACAGUCACUGAACUAAAAAUAACUGGAACGAUACCUCCAACCGGAAAUGUGAAGCCAUGCGCAGGCUUUUCACGCAACAGAAAAACACAGUUUAUCUGUUUAUCUGUAAAAAAUUGGGUACGACUCGAGUUGUCUAAGUAUGUUCCCGAGCAAUCAAUAUAUUUGUCUAUAGUCUCGUAUAGGAAAGUAUGUGAUUUCGACAUAUUAGGUAUUUUGCAGGUCCAAUUUCAACUUGUUCUUCGCAGAUAUUGUCAAAUGUGCACGUCUGAAUUGCUUCGUGCACUAUUCCUCUUUAUUAUUGUCACUUGUAUGAAGCGUAAAAGUAUACACUAGUAUGUUCCCCAAAGCGAUGAAAUGCAUGUACUUUGAACAGAGGCGUUUGUCCAGUUGUGAUGAGAAAUACACCAUAUUUUGAACAAAAAUAUCACAAAUUUCGCACCAAAAUUAUAUUUCUUGUCCGCUAUUGCUUUUAUAAAGCUGUUGCUAUGUUACAAUGGUUUUAACCGCUGUCAAUAUAGGCUGCAGUCUCGUAAACAUCCUAAAAUUGGCGGGAUUUCGCGGUAAAUUUGAUUUUCAACUUGAAAACGAAUAUAACUAUUGGUAAACUUUUGAAAUUUGAGCAUCGAUCAAGGCUCGGUUGGCGUAAAGUCUGUUACAUUUUAUAAUUUUGCUUGUUUUCUAUAUGUUUGGCUGUAUUUGCAAUGUCGGACGUUCCGCCUUUGUGCUCUAUGCAUACUUAUUUGCAAUGGAAAUUAAGUGUUGAAAGCCAUUCAUUAGCAUAUGCUGCUAAAGCUACAACCAAAGAUAUAUUGUUCACUGUGGAUAAUUCCUUUCCCACUACUGAGAGCCUGGUACAACCUAGUGGUGUUGAAAAAGCCCUUCCAGACAUCCUGCACCUGUGAUCCUAAGAAAAUAGGCAUCAACUUGCCCUCAAAUUUUCCACAGUUUACAUAUAUCGAGUUGUUUGAAUUUGCAAUUCCUGGUAAUUCAUUUGGUCUUACACAUGAUCAAGUUGUGCGGUCAGAAAUAAAUAACUCUCUUCGGGUUAUGGCGGCAAAAGUGUAUGUAGAGUAUGGCAAAAAUAGGGGGAGGAAAAGACAACAACUAGAUUUAAAGGCCAAAAGGUUCCAUAUAUUUGAUGGACAAACUAUUUCAAUUAAGCAACUUGAGGAAGAAAACACACUUAUUCAUGGCGAGAUGCAAAAGUGGAAGGAAAGAAACAGCAACUUGGAGUCGGAAAUGAGGAAACUAUAUUAUGAAAUGGGGAGGGCAUUGGAAGAAAAGGAUGAGAAAAUUGAAAAGCUAGAAACAAAAAAUGAAGAAUUGAAACAAUAUAUUGAACUUCUAGAAAAAUCUGAAAAGAUGGAACACCAAGGAAAAGAUAUCUCUGAAACAAAAAAAAAGUCAAGGAUGCUCAAAAAAUUUUUGUCACGAGCUGAAACUGCUUUAUGGUUCGCAAGAUCUUUUGGACUGGAAUUGAAAAGUGUAAAUGUUAAAGAAAUCAACUCUGGUAUUGCUCAUAAUUUAAUGAUGGAAAACAAUGUUACUGGUAGCACAGAGAAUACUGGAUUUGAUGCCCUCUCAGAGGAUGAUAAGGAUAAGGUAGAAAAAGUUCUGUUUCUCUUGGAUAAGGUCUGUGUGGGCGAUGCUUUUUACCAUGAGAUAACCAUGCUGGUAGAUGGCUUGCCAAA